GACUUUAACAAGUACACUUUAAAAGCUCAGGAAAGCCACUCGCCGUGUGAAACAGAGAAGGCCAAACCUCCGUUUCCAGCCAUCUCUCUCUCACUCUCUCUCUCCCUCUCUCUCUCCCCCACAGAGCCUCUCUGCAGAUCUUGUGCUAAGCCAGUGCUUAAACAUCACAUUCAAUAACAAAACUGUACCAAGAAAUGGGAUCUCUUUCUUCGUCAGCGUUUGGACCCGUUAAGCCUAGCAGCUUUGCUGUUCUGCUUGUUUUGUUGCUUUCCUGCUCCAGUUUUAGUUCUACAGAAGCCUAUGAUGCACUCGAUCCAACUGGAAAUAUCACAAUCAAAUGGGAUAUAAUGAGCUGGACGCCUGAUGGCUAUGUUGCUGUUGUUACUAUGUAUAACUUCCAGCGACGCGACAUUCAAGCACCUGGAUGGACAUUGGGGUGGACAUGGGCGAAAAAAGAAGUAAUUUGGAGCAUGAUGGGGGCACAAACAACUGAACAAGGGGAUUGUUCAAAAUUUAAGGGGAACAUUCCACAUUCCUGUAAGAAGGAUCCAACCGUGGUGGAUUUGUUGCCAGGAACUCCAUACAACCAGCAGAUUGCUAAUUGCUGCAAAGGAGGAGUGAUAAACUCAUGGUUCAAGGACCCAGGCAAUGCGGCAAGCUCGUUCCAGGUCAGUGUGGGUGCAGCUGGAACGACUAACAAAACUGUCAGAGUGCCUAGGAACUUCACCCUGAAAGCUCCUGGGCCUGGAUAUACUUGCGGGCCAGCAAAGAUCGUGAGACCAAGUAAAUUUGUGACUGCAAAUAAACGAAGAGUCAGCCAAGCUUUGAUGACCUGGAAUGUUAUUUGCACAUAUUCACAAUUACUUGCUCAAAAGACACCCUCCAGUUGUGUUUCUGAUGCAAAUCAGGAAGAUGCUCCUUAAUUCAUGGGGCUGCUCUGUUAGGCAAAGGAUUUUUGGGAAGCAUAUUUGUAUUUCAAUUCUAGUUUAUUUGAUUGUUAUUUCUUGCCUAGUUUGUUUCUUUCCUAGUUUGUUUUCCUAGAUUAUGUGUUCUUUGGUUGAAUAUUUGAAGGGAAGGAAAAAUAAUGAAAGGCGGUUGCCAUCUUUGUAGUUCC